GCAAUUUGUUUACCAAGCCUUCCUUUGUACGUGAUGAGGAAAAUACCGGAAGUCCAUCUCGGCUCCCAGCCUCGGGAAACUCGGAUAACGGGGCGUUAGCGGAGAGACUGACUCGAAAUAAGCGCGAUGAGCGACGGCUCCGGUGAGCCCGCUGUGGAAGCCCCGCCCGUAGCCGGAAGAGGAGUCCGGAUCGUUGUGGAGUACUGUAAACCCUGCGGCUUUGAGUCUGCCUACCUGGAGCUGGCAAAUGCAGUCAAAGAAGAGUAUCCGGAUGUGGAGAUUGAGUCCCGACUCGGAGGAACAGGUGCUUUUGAGAUUGAGAUAAACGGCCAGCUGGUCUUCUCCAAACUUGAGAAUGGAGGAUUCCCUUACGAGAAAGAUCUCAUUGAAGCCAUCCGGAGGGCCAGCAACGGGGAACCUCUGGAGAAGAUCACCAAGAGCCGUCCACCGUGUGUGAUCCUUUAGCCUGUCCAGUUCUUGUCUUUCGCCCCCCCCCCUCCUCUCCCCCAGCUUACUUCUAGCUGUCCUGACCUCUGCCUUGAGGUGCGAUGAUUUUACUGGGUGGGUAUUUUGGGGUUCUUAAUCCCAGAGAGCCUUAUAGGCAAGAGCCACAGGAGGGGAUUGUGGGUAGGGACCACAGGCCCUUUCAAAAUAUGCUGGGGAAGUCUUUCUCCUUCAGGGAAGUUCCCCUCAGUGCUCAUUUUUAGAUGAGACACUUGCUAUCUGCCUUCUCAGAUAUGAGCCCCUAUUUUUUCCCCUGCUCCUUUUAUAAUUUUGCCUUCUUUGUUGCAUGUGACUUCGUGACUGCGUUCAUGGGACGCAGACCCCUUUUCCUCCCCCUUCUGACCAGGAGCCUGAACAAGCCAGUGUCCAGCCCGCCUGGUUUAGUGACUGUUCAGAGCCAGAAGAGUGGAUCUUACAGGAUCCAUUUUCCCCAGGAAGUCCUCCUUUGUUGUGUAGGAUAGAUCAAAUGCUUGAAGGGAGGGCCAGGGCAUGGCUUAGCAUAGGGCAGGGCCCGGGAGGGGAAUAUCCCAUCAAGAUUUUGCCAUCCCAGACUGGAUCCUCGGGGGCAAAGGAGAGGCAGAGACCGAUUUUUUGUUUUUGCCACGCCCGCCCAACUCAUUGUUUGCCAGCCAAGUGCUGUGACCCACCACCCCCAUUUAUACAUCAGCCUGACUCCUGGGAUCCAUUUUAAGCAUUUUUUAAAACAUUCCAGUAAUUUUGGCUGGAUCAUGCUCCCGUUCUCCCUUGCCCCUGCUGACUACUUUUGAAAGAUGGUAAUUAAAUGCCCAUUUGCAUCCCCCACUUCUUUCCUUCCAUGGGGCACGUCUCCAUAAAGCCAAAACCGUGAUAUUAAUUUCUCAUACUGUGCAAGAUUCAGCUCAUAAAACGAAGCUGCGUAGGCAGAGAUGAAUCUCAGUCUCCGACAGGUUUCCUUUUUCUACGGCAGAGGCAGCGCUGAGGAUGCUGUGUCUUUCUUCUCAUGCCUAGUUUGUGAAGGACAAGUCUAAUCCCUCCUUCGCCCCUCCCUCCCUCUUCCAAGCUCCUGGGUUUUCAGCACCCAGUGUUCACCUCUUCAGCUGGCACCUUGUAACUUUGGCACAUCUGGCACCCUAGGAGUGCGAAGAGGCCAGGUCUCAGCGGUGCUGCAAACUGUGAUGAAAACACAGAUGGCCGGGAACUGAGGACGGAAAAGUCGGCUCUGCUUUUUUGCCUCAUUUGCUGAGAACGUUGAUGAAUCCUUUUGAUUAUAUAUAAAUGUAUAAUUACAAAUAAAAGUUGAAAUGCUUAUGGUAA